UCCAGUCAGACCAACUAUGACGAUGAAGAUGCGUCCCACUUUGAGACGAAACCGCGCUUAGCGAAGCGAAAUAUUAUCUCACUUUUAGAUUUGGACUAUUUUUCAUUUCCGACGAGUGUUUAUUCGGCUACGUCGGCGUGCGACUCAGGCGGUUCGGGAGCUUCGAGGCGGGAUGAGCGGCGACCGGCCACAGGGGGAAGGAACACCCGAGACGGGAGUAAUCCGCUGAGGAACACGAAGAGCGCCAUGGCUGGGAUAAAAAGCACUUUGUUCGUCUGUCUGCACUAUGCGCUCCAGUACGCGGCGUCCCGCGAGGUGACUGUACCCGAGGGACCGUUGUACCGCGUGGCCGGCUUCUCCCUCUCCCUGCCCUGCGCCGUCUCUGGCUACGAAGGCCCGCGCACGCAGGACUUUGAGUGGUUCCUGUACAGAGACGACUCUGGCGGGAGGCAGAUGGGAGUGGUGUCCACCAAAGACAAAAGCUUCCCCUAUGCCCCCUUCCAAGCCCGGGUGAGGAACGGAGAGGUGAGGGUGGACCGUGACUCCGGCGAUCACGUGCGGCUAGUGGUGCAGAGGCUGCGCACCGACGACCAGGGCAAAUACGAGUGCUACACGCCCAGCACAGACGGCGUUUACCAGGGGUCCUACAGCGGCGCUGUGGUCGUCAAAGUGAUUUCUGACACACUCCAGAUCAGCUUCACCCGCUCCCUGACAGGGCAGCCCCUCCCGGAAGGUGCCGAAUUAACUCUAACGUGCUCGGCCAGCAUCCGCUCGGAGCAGCUCACGCACCUGUCCGUCACCUUCGGGAAGCGAGGUGGCCAAGCGGGCUCGGACGGCGCGGCCGGGCCGGAGCUCAGCACCGUUCGCGAGAUCAUCUCCAUCGACAAGCUGCUGGGAGUCGUGCCGGGGCGCGCCUACAAGAAGCGCUACGACGACGGCGACGUCACGCUGGAGAAACGCAACGGCGAGGGUGGCCAGGACGUCUACGUGAUGAAGAUGAGGGUGCUGCAGCCCGAUGACACGGGAGCCUAUUUCUGUGAGGCCGCGCAGUGGAUUCGGGACCCGGACCGGUCGUGGCAGAAGAUUGCACACAGGACGCUGGACGUCGGCAACCUGACUGUUAAGCAACUCUCCGAGUCUCUGAGCGUGACGUCUUCGCCUCAAGGGCAGGUGACCCUGCAGGUGGGUUCGCUUCUCCUUCUGACCUGCGAGGUCAACGGGCUGCCCUCCGACGUCAACUCGGGCCUGCAGGUCCAGUGGAUGAAGAGGGGCUCCGCGGGUGGCGAGCUUGUCGGGUCUGGAGGCGUUGAGGUGGAGGUGGCCAGGAUGAGCCCAGACGGCGUCGUGAGCUGGGGGGACGACGUCAGCCGAGCCAGCGGCGGCUCUAUGGAGAAAGUGGCGGAGGCGAGGUACUCCCUGAAGUUGUUCUCGGCCCGGCCCUCCGACUCGGGCGUUUAUCGCUGCGUGGUGAGCGUGUACGCCGGACGCGGGAUCCCCGCUCCCUCCGCGCCGGCGACACUCACGCAGCGGUCCGAGGGCGUCACGGUCAAUCUCAAGACCAAAGAUGUCGUGGUUUCCGCCGGGGCUCAGCUCGCCCGAGGCCCGCUGCUGAAACGGGGCAGCACCGUCACCCUCCUCUGCACCGCCACCAUCGCGACCACCGGCCCCGCGCAGGCUCAGGUGCAAUGGCUGCGAUGGCCCAUCCCGGAGCCGCAGAUCCGGACGCCCGAAAGCCCCGCGCCGGGGCCGUCCGUCCGGGCCGAACCCACGCCGGUCGCCGCUCUCACGUACGACGGCAUCGUGGAGAUCUACGGCAACGGCAGCGAGGUCAGCGUGGACCGCCUGUCCGCCGUCAGCUACCGGCUAAGGAUCCACGCGGCCACCGUUGAGGAUCAGGGCAUGUACGCGUGUCGCGCUGAGGCCUGGGGGCAAGAUCCGCACGGAGGCUGGUACAACUCUGGGGCCGAGGCCGAGUCCAACGCCGUGACUGUGUACUUGUACGCCCGAGUCGCCGACCUCCUCCUCAUCCCGCUGGUGAUCGGCGUGUCGUCCGCCCUGCUGGUGGGCAUCAUCAUCGUCGCCGCGGUGACCUGCUGCUUCAUGAAGCGUCUGGCCAAACAGCGAGCUGGGAGGUAGCCUCCGCAGCCGCCCGCCGUUUUGAGGGUACGCCGGCCGAAUCGGAUGCCAAACCUUUUAUAUGUGUGUCGUUUUUAUUUUUUAUAAACGUGUUACGAGACCACCGGCGUCACAACGCGCGCGCCCUCUGUUCGAAGCUCGUCUCCAUUCUCCACCUGGUUUUGUUUGUGCUCCAAUGACGAGUCGACGAUUUUUUUUCCCUGUUCAUCCAAAUGCUUUUUCCCUAGCAAGCCACGCGAGCAGCCGCUGACUCGACUCAACGGGUAUUGAAGCAAAGACACUUUUUGUUACUUCGCGAUUCUCGUCAGCAAAUGGAAGCGUGUUGCUUAAAUGCACUGAGCAGAAGUUUGCACUGUAAAUAUGCUGUUUCAUCUUGUUUGCAAAGAAGCUCAUUCUGCAAAUUCAUUGACGAGGACAAACAAAGAAAGAAAUGGGACCAAAACCACUUAGCGUAUUUGUUCAAUAGUGGCUGUUUAUUUGCUCUUUUGCAGAUAGUGCUCGGUGUUUGUUUGCGAGGGGGGGUCUACAUUUGGAGAAAUAAAGGGGCAGUAGUUUCCACUUCAAAGCCAGCAAGCGUUCUGCGUCCAUUUUAAAUUUCUACUUGCUGUACAAGUGAUUAGUUUCUUUUGGGAUAUCAAUCUUUUUUCCCAUAUAAUAUUAUUAAUAUACUACUACACUAUAAUUAUCAUGACUAUUUUUUCUGACUAACACUUUAAUGUUGUAAAAUCAGUUUUUCUUUCAGUAAAAUGCUAAAUUAUGACUUAAAACAUACUAUUUGAAUCUCAUAAUAUUAGGCCCUUUUUUCCUAAUUAAUUAUUCUCAUAACUUUUCCCCUCAAAGCAUUGAAAAUAAACGUGCAACUAUUAAUUGAUUAAGCAACAACUAAUCUAUUCUCCAAUUAAUUGACCGCUAUUUCAAUAGUUGAUUCAUUGUUAAGAAACUUUGCUUAAGUGAAAAAUUGUCUUCAGCCUGUCAACAGUAAAGGUUUUCAGAUUUCUCUCGUCCGCCAUGAAAGCAGAUUAUAUUUUACAAUGAAUUAAUUAAUUACUUGAAUCAACAUAAAACAUGGCGGCACGGUGGCCGACUGGUUAGAGCGUCUGCCUCACAGUUCUGAUGACCGGGGUUCAAUCCCCGGCCCCGCCUGUGUGGAGUUUGCAUGUUCUCCCCGUGCCUCCGGGCACUCCAAAAACAUGGCGUGGUAGGUUAAUUGAAGACUCUAAAUUGCCCGUAGGUGUGACUGUGAGUGCGAAUGGUCGUUUGUUUGUUCCCCGCCUCCUGCCCGUUGACAGCUGGGAUAGGCUCUAGUGAGGAGAAGCGGCUCAGAAAAUGCAUGGAUGGAUGGAACAUAAAACAUUUGCAAACAUCUGCUUUUCCUUUGGAAAACAGUGAUCAACAUUUAUUUCAUUUGUGUGACAUUAUGGAGCAAACCAGUAACUGAAUCAUAAUCAGUUAAUGUUUGUCCAUUUUCUGCACUUUCAAUUUGAAAUAAGGGCCUGUUUUUGAAUAAAUUGAUCAACAUGUAUUUAUUUAUAUUUAAAAAAAUCUGACAAAUCGAAAAAAAUAAUGGAGAUUGAUUAUUAAAAUAUUUGUUAGUUGCAGCUCUAAAAAAUUGGGGCCUGAUAAUCUUUCUCUCAAAGAAAUUCAACUUUAAUCUCUGCCUUUUUCUUGAGGAAAUGAAUUUAUUCUCAUAAUAUUAACAGUACAUCUAUACUAAAUAAUAAUCAUCAUGCACUUUUUUUUAACCAGUUGACAGGAAGAAUAUAGGGUGUAUAUAUGGCCACUAUUUGAGGAAAGACGCUUUUUCCCGUAUGUUUUUUUUGACAUUUCCGGGUGACUUUACUUUGGUUAAGUGACUGAGGCGGACAAAGCGUGCUGCGAUGGGCAAUUCGCUGUAUGUGUGCGUGCAUCUUGUACCAAAGUAACAGAGAAGCGGUUGUGUUGUCUUGCACUGAACACUUGUGACGAAAGCCUCUCUCUGUUGCCACUCAAAAACACAAAGGAUGAAAAUGAAAGUGAGCCUCCAUUGGGGGGGAAAAAGGUCCUCUCUGCUUGUGUUGUAUAUUUUUUGGCGUCCUCUCCUAAAGCCUGAUUAUAAAUGUUGCGCACGAACAUUGGCGGGGGGAAAAAAAAAAAAAAUCACAGCAUUCUGAGCCACUUUGCUCCAGCUCAACCACUUAAAGCUGAUUUUUUUUAAUUUUUUUUUGCCCAGCCCACUGGAACACCCCACACUGGCACAGUUGCGCGAGCACGCACAGCCUGGGCGACGGGCGAUAAUCCCACUUUAGAACGGUCCGCACCCAGCCCCCAGAAGAACACGCGUUUAAUGCGUCAAACCCUUUCGUGUGUCAUUUGCGGGGUGUUUUACCGCUGUCCCUGAACGCAUCUUGAAAAGGUCUCUCAAGGUGCUUUUGAUUAAUAAUAAAUCAUUCUGCCAUUUCUCA